AGUGCAUUCACUUCAACAAGCUCUGUAAUGGGGCGAAAGACUGUGAGGACGGUUUUGACGAAGGAGUCCACUGUCGAGAACUCCUGUCAGCCUGUCACGAGCUGCAUUGCCGUUAUGGAUGCAUCAUGACCAGAAACGGCACAUUCUGCUUCUGUGCAGAUGGAUUCGAGGUGGGAGAGGAUGGGCGUAGCUGUAGAGAUCAUGAUGAAUGCACCAUGUACGGGACAUGCAGCCAGACCUGCAUGAACACCUAUGGGUCAUAUCGCUGCAGCUGUACAGAUGGGUACAGCCUGCAGCCGAACAGACGCUCCUGCAUAGCCAAACACGAGCUCGGUGAAAACCCUGCAGCGCUGCUGAUUGGAGGCUCGGAUAAUAUUAUAAUCACAGCCCUAAAUGGAUCCCGCCUGCAAACCCUCAAACAACUGGACUCAAAUGGAACUCAUGGCUUGGAUUUCAACCAUAAAGAGGAAUCAGUAUGCUGGGUCACAUCCUCAGAGUCCUCCGGACAACUCCGGUGUGCCAGGAUGAGGAAAGCAAGUGGGUUCACUAAAGAACAGGAAGUAAAGACAGUCCAGAAUCUCCAUGACGUUGAUCAAUUAGCCUUUGAUUGGCUCACAGGAAACUUUUACUUCGUGGAUCAAGCAAGCGACAGAAUAUUUGUUUGCAACCAGUAUGGAGACACCUGCAUUACAGUGAUAGACCUUGACCUGUUGAACCCUAAAGCAAUCGCUCUGGAUCCUCUAAUGGGGAUGCUCUUCUUCACUGACUAUGGGAAUCAAGCCAAACUGGAGCGCUGCAACAUGGAUGGCACCAACAGAACUCGACUUGUGGAUUAUAAGGUUGAGUGGCCGACUGCAUUGGCAUUGGAUUUGGUAAAAAAACUGGUGUACUGGGCAGACGCAUAUCUGGAUUACAUUGAAAUGGUGGAUUACAAUGGCAAAAACAGAUACACUAUCAUCCAGGGAUAUCAAGUGGCCCACCUGCAUGGAUUAGCUGUCUUUGAGGACUACUUGUACGCAACUCGCUCUGAACCCUCCAGUGGAGCAGUGGUAGACAUUUUACGGAUAAAUCGCUUUAAUGUCACAGACCCGGAGACGCUAACCAGCAUAGGAAAUGCAAAAACAAUAAGGGUUUACCACAAGCUCAGUCAACUAAAAGUCAAGGGCCAUGCGUGUGAAGUUGACCCUUAUGGUAAACCAGGAGGAUGCUCGCACAUCUGCCUUCUCAGCGGGAGCUACAAAUCCCGGAGCUGCCGCUGUCGUACCGGAUUCAGCCUGGGAAGUGAUGGGCUGUCCUGCAAAAAACCCAAGAAUGAUCUUUUCCUGUUCUAUGGAAAGGGACGACCUGGGACAAUCCGUGGUUUGGACAUGAAUGUGAAGUCUAUCAAUGAGUACAUGGUUCCUAUUGAGGACUUGGUGAAUCCAAGAGCUCUUGAUUAUCAUGCUGAAACCGGAAACAUUUACUUUGCUGAUACUACAAGUUUUUUGAUAGGGCGUCAGAAAGUCGAUGGAAGCAGUCGGGAAACAAUUCUCAAAGAUGAUCUUGAUAAUGUGGAGGGGAUUUCAGUGGAUUGGAUUGGAAAUAAUCUCUACUGGACCAACGAUGGCUACAGAAAAACCAUCAGCGUGGCUAGGCUGGAGCGGGCAUCUGAAACCAGGAAGACUCUUUUGGAGGGAGACAUGUCUCACCCUAGAGCCAUAGUGGUGGAUCCUUUGAAUAGUUGGAUGUACUGGACGGAUUGGGAAGAGGAUGAGGUGAACGACAGCAUCGGUAGAAUAGAGAAAGCCUGGAUGGACGGUUCCAACAGGAACAUAUUUGUCACAUCUAACAUGCUGUGGCCUAAUGGACUUACUCUUGACCAUGGAACCAGUACCAUGUACUGGUGUGAUGCCUAUUAUGAUCACAUUGAGAGAAUCUACCUCAAUGGCACUGGCAGAAUGGUUGUGUACAGUGGCAGGGAACUCAAUCACCCGUUUGGGAUUGCACAGUACCAAAAUUCCAUCUUCUGGACGGAGUACAUGAAUGCCUCCAUCUUCCAGCUGGAUCUGGUCUCUGGCGAAGUCACUCUGUUGAGGAGUGAACGGCCACCUCUGUUCGGGCUCCGAGUAUAUUAUGCACAAAGCCAGCUGGGUGACAAUGCCUGCCGGGUGAAUUAUGGUGGUUGCGGUACCCUCUGUUUGGCCGUCCCAGGAGGCCGGGUGUGCGCAUGUGGCGACAACCAGCACCUGGACAAGAACAAUGUCACAUGCUCUGACUCUGCAGGUCAAGAGGAGCCCCAGCAGUGCAAAACUGAUGAGUUUCAGUGCAGAAACUGGCGCUGCAUACGAGUCAAUUGGAUUUGUGAUGGAGAUGAUGACUGUUUAGAUGGCAGUGAUGAGGAGGCCCACAUAUGCUCUAACCACAGUUGCCCGGUUGACCAGUUCAAGUGUCCCAAUAACCGCUGCAUACCCAAAAGGUGGCUUUGUGAUGGAGCCAAUGACUGUGGAGAUAACGAAGAUGAGUCUAAUAAAACAUGCUCAGCCCAGCCAUGUCGGGCUGGUCAGUUCACCUGUGGUAACGGUCGCUGUGUACCAGAUGCGUGGCGUUGUGAUCAAGAUGAUGACUGUGGAGAUAUGUCCGACGAGUCCACUUCCUGUGCGUUCCCAACCUGUGAAGCUCUCAGCCAGUUCAGCUGCGCUAAUGGGAGGUGCAUUAGCAUGAAGUGGCAUUGUGACUCAGAUGAUGACUGUGGAGACAACAGUGAUGAGGCGGGCUGCGUCCACUCCUGUGCUAAUGGCCAGUAUAAAUGCACCAGCGGCAGGUGUAUCCCAGACCACUGGGCCUGCGAUGGGGACAACGACUGCGGGGACUUCAGUGAUGAAAAUGUGACUUGUGCUGGUGUUGCCCCUGCUUUGCCUCCUGUGGAAUGCAGUGGAGAGGAGUUUCACUGCCGUGCUGAUGGGACCUGCAUCCCUGAGCGCUGGCGCUGCGAUGGGGAUAAAGACUGUGAAGAUGGCAGUGAUGAAACAAACUGCAAAGGCAUCAAGAGAAUGUGUGAUCCCCAGGCAAAGUUUACCUGCAAAAGUUCAGGGAAGUGUAUCAGCAAGAGCUGGGUGUGUGACGGUGACAACGACUGUGAAGACCGCUCAGAUGAAGAAUCGUGUGAGUCCUCCAUCUGUAAGCCCCCCACUCAGCCCUGUGCUAAUGACUCCAGAACCUGCCUGCCCCCCAACAAGAUCUGCGAUGGGAGAAACGACUGUGCUGACCAUUCGGAUGAGGGUCCUUCUUGUGAGAAAUGUGUGCAAGGUAAUGGGGGCUGCAGUCACCAGUGUUCAGUGAUCCCCAGCAAAGGGGUGGUGUGUUCAUGUCCCAUCGGACUCCAUCUUGGCUCUGACAAUCGAACAUGCGAGACGGUGGAUUACUGCUCUGCUCACCUGAAAUGUAGUCAGAUAUGCGAACAGCAUAAGACCACUGUCAAGUGCUCCUGUUAUCCCGGCUGGAGACUUGAUCCAGAUGGAGAGAAUUGCCACAGCACAGAUCCCUUUGAGGCUUUUGUUAUCUUCUCUAUCCGGCAUGAGAUCAGACGAAUCGACCUUCAUAAACGUGACUACAGCCUACUCGUGCCCGGCCUGCGGAACACCAUCGCUCUCGACUUCCACUUCAACCACAGUUUGCUUUACUGGACCGACGUGGUGGAGGAUAAGAUCUAUCGGGGAAAGCUCUCCGAGACCGGAGGUGUGACCGGGGUCGAGGUUGUGAUUCAGCAUGGUUUGGCCACCCCAGAGGGACUCGCAGUGGAUUGGAUUGCAGGAAACCUUUACUGGAUAGACAGCAACUUGGAUCAGAUUGAGGUGGCCAAGCUGAAUGGCGAAAUGAGAACGACUUUGAUUGCCGGUGGCAUGGAGCACCCACGAGCGCUGGCUGUAGACCCGGGACAGGGCAUGCUAUUCUGGACUGACUGGGAUGCCACUUUUCCUCGGAUUGAGGCAACGUCAAUGAGUGGAAGUGGAAGACAUGUUGUGUACAAGGACAUGGAGUUUGGAGCCUGGCCUAAUGGACUCACGCUAGACCAUCAGGAAAGGAGAAUAGUGUGGACAGAUGCUCGCUCAGAUGCAAUAUAUUCAGCCCUGUAUGAUGGCACGGGGGUCAUUGAGAUCCUCAGGGGCCACGAGUACCUGUCACACCCGUUCGCUGUGUCUCUCUUUGGAGGUGGUGUGUACUGGACAGACUGGAGGACCAACACUUUAGCCAGAGCGAAUAAAUGGACAGGCCACAAUGUAACCGUUAUCCAAAAGACAAGCGCCCAGCCGUUUGAUCUGGAGAUAUACCAUCCUAGCAGACAACCUCAAGCCUCAAACCCGUGCGAGGAUAACGAUGGAAGAGGCCCUUGCUCCCAUCUUUGUCUCAUUGAUUACAACCGCACGGCAUCUUGUUCAUGUCCUCAUCUCAUGAAGCUUUCCCUCAACAACCACUCUUGUGUGGCCCUGAAGAAGUUCAUGUUGUAUGUGAGACGAUCUGAGAUCCGUGGAGUGGAUAUCGAUAAUCCGUAUAUGAACGUCAUGACUGCUUUGACGGUUCCUGACAUUGAUGAUGUCACUGUGGUGGAUUAUGACACUCUUGAGGAAAGGAUAUACUGGGCGGACGUUAAGACUCAAACAAUAAAACGUGCCUUUAUCAAUGGAACAGGCCUUCAAACUGUUAUUUCUGGAGAUAUUCAAAACUGCCGUGGGCUGGCAGUAGAUUGGCUCUCGAGGAACAUGUAUUGGCUGAGCUCUGAGAAUGAGGAGACGCAGAUCAAUGUUGCCCGACUAGACGGAUCUCUAAAAACCUCAGUCAUCUAUGGGAUUGACAAACCAAAGUGUCUGACUGUGCACCCAGCCAAAGGAAAAAUCUACUGGACCGAUGGAAGUACAAUAAAUGUAGCCAAUAUGGAUGGAAGCAACAGGAAGGUUCUUCAUCAAAAUCAGAGAGAACCAGUUGGACUUUCGAUUGACUUUCCAGCUGGGAAGAUGUAUUGGAUCAGUUCUGCUAAUGGUACUAUCAACAGGUGCAAUCUGGACGGUAGUGGUUUUGAGGUCAUUGAAAGCAUGAAGAGGGACUUAACUAAAGCCACGGCUUUAGCAGUCAUGGGUGGCAAGCUGUGGUGGGCCGAUGAGGAUCUGGCUCAACUGGGAACGGUCGCCAAACGGGAUGGACGUAACCCGGCAGUGCUACGCAAUAAGACCAGUGGAGUGGUACACAUGAAGGUGUACGACAGAGAUGGUCAGAAAGGUAGGAAUGCCUGUCAGUUGAAUAACGGUGGUUGCUCGCAGCUCUGUCUGCCCACAUCUGAAAACACACGCACAUGUGCCUGCACCAUUGGCUACAACCUGCGCAGUGACCGUCUCUCCUGUGAAGGCCUGAGUUAUUUUCUGAUGUACUCUUUUCAUGAGGGGAUACGUGGAAUCUCUUUGGAUCCCAGUGACCACGCCGAGACCCUGAUGCCCAUCAGCGGCACCUUGUUUGCUGUUGGCGUGGACUUUCAUGCAGGCAAUGAUACAGUUUACUGGACAGACAUGGGAUUAAACCGGAUCUCAAGAGCCAAGAGGGAUCAAACAUGGAGGGAAGACAUUGUCACUACUGGCAUCAACAGAGUGGAGGGCAUCGCAGUCGAUUGGAUUGCUGGUAACCUUUACUGGACAGACCAUGGCCUCAACCUGAUUGAAAUUGCUCGUCUGAAUGGUCUCUACCGUUCAGUUGUAAUAUCAGAAGGGCUGGACCAGCCAAGAGCCAUUGCAGUGCAUCCACAGAGAGGUUAUUUAUUCUGGACUGAGUGGGGGAAGAAUCCUUGCAUAGGUCGUGCACGGCUGGAUGGUUCAGACCAAGUGACCCUGGUCAGUUCUGGUAUCGCCUGGCCGAAUGGAAUCACCAUUGACUAUGAGGAAAAUAGAUUAUACUGGUGCGACGCCCGGACCGACAAGAUAGAAAGGAUCAACCUUGAAACCGGGGAGGGCCGAGAGAUUGUACUGUCAGCCGCCAACGUGGACCUGUUCUCCGUGGCUGUGUUCGGGGCUUACAUCUACUGGUCUGACAGAGCCCAUGGCAACGGAUCGAUCCGGCGUGGAUUCAAAAGCGAUGCCACUGAUGCUGUCACGAUAAGAAGUGGUCUUGGUGUCAACCUGAAGGACGUGAAAGUGUUUAACAAAGGCCGGGAGAAAGGCACAAACCCGUGUGCGAGGAGCAAUGGAGGUUGUCAGCAGCUGUGUUUUCACCUGGGCAGCGGAAGAAGGACGUGUUCAUGUGCUCAUGGGUACUUAGCCGAAGAUGGCUUUGCUUGCCAAAGAUAUGAGGGCUAUCUUCUGUACUCUGAACGGACCAUCUUGAAAAGCAUCCACCUGUCUGACGACAGUGAUCUUAACUCCCCUCUCCAACCUUUUGAGAAUCCAGACUACUUCAAAAAUGUCAUCGCUCUGGCAUUCGAUUAUCGGCAGCAGGCCUCACACCACAACCGCAUAUUCUUCAGCGACAUCCAUUUUGGGAAUAUUCAGAUGAUCAAUGAUGAUUGGUCUGGAAGACAGAUCAUAGUUGAAAGUGUGGGUUCGGUUGAGGGCUUGGCUUAUCACCGUGCCUGGGACACGAUUUACUGGACUAGUUCCACCACCUCAAGCAUCAGCAGAUACACAGUAGACCAGAGCCGACAAGCAGCUUUUACCAGGCAAGCCGUUGUCACCAUGUCUGAGGAUGACCAUCCCCACAUCUUGGCCCUGGAUGAAUGUCAAAACCUCAUGUUUUGGACCAAUUGGAAUGAGCAGCACCCCAGUAUCAUGCGCUCCACUCUUGCAGGAAAUAACAUGAAAGUCAUCAUUAGCACAGAUGUAUUCACUCCUAACGGACUCACAAUUGACCAUAAAGCGGAAAAGCUGUAUUUCUCUGAUGGCAGCUUGGGCAAAAUUGAACGCUGUGAAUAUGAUGGCUCCCACAGACAUGUGAUCGUAAGGUCAGGGCCUGGCACAUUUUUUGGACUUGCUAUCCACGGAAACUACAUUUUUUGGUCUGACUGGACUCGGCGGGCUGUGCUACGGACCAACAAAUUCACCGGAGGAGAUACUAAAGUUCUCAGGGCUGAUAUUCCCCACCAGCCAAUGGGAAUUAUAGCAGUCGCCAAAGACACUAAUAAUUGCGAACUAUCUCCAUGCAGGGUUCUGAAUGGUGGCUGUGGUGACCUGUGUCUCCUUACUCCACAUGGCACAGUCAACUGCAGCUGCCGAGGAGAGCGGAUACUGCUCGAUGACUACAGAUGUGUGUCCAAAACGUCCUCUUGCAACAUUCACACUGAGUUUGAGUGUGGAAAUGGGGAAUGUAUAGACUACCAGCUAACAUGUGAUGGAAUUGCCCACUGCAAAGACAAGUCAGAUGAGAAAAUGCAAUAUUGUGACAACAGGACCUGCCGAAAGGGUCACCGUCCUUGCUACAACAGGCGUUGUGUGGCUAACAAUCGCUUUUGUGAUGGAAUCGAUGACUGUGGGGACAACUCAGAUGAGGCAUUUUGUAACAAUGUCACGUGUGCUGCGUCUGAGUCAUCUUGUCAAGAUGGAACUUGCAUAUCAAUAUCCUCCUGGUGCAACCAGGUCAUCGACUGCGCCGAUGCCUCGGAUGAAAAGAACUGCAAUCACACAGAUUGUGGAGACUUUUACAGGAUGGGAGUGGCAGAAAAGGUCUUUGUCAGUUGUAACAGCACCUCACUCUGCGUUCACCAUUCCUGGCUGUGCGAUGGAGCCAAUGACUGUGGAGAUUACGCCGAUGAGAGGAACUGUCAGGUCUCCCACAGGCAGAAAUGUGCAGAAGGCCACUUCGCCUGCCCUAGCGGGAACUGCAUCUCCAGUGUGUGGCUUUGUGACGGGCAGAAGGAUUGUGAAGAUGGUGCAGAUGAGUUCCAGUGUGACUCCUCCUGUCUGUGGAACCAGUUUGCUUGUUCGAAGAACAAGUGCAUAGCGAAGCAAUGGCUCUGUGAUGGUGAAGAAGACUGUGGAGAUGGGGUGGACGAGAGCGUUGAUCUUUGCGGCUCGGUGACCUGUGCCCCAGGGUUAUUCAGUUGUCCAGGCUCGUACGCAUGCGUCCCCAAGCGCUGGUUAUGUGACGGGGAGAGAGACUGUCCCGAUGGCAGCGAUGAGCUCGCUGCGGCCGGCUGUGCUCCAAAUAACACAUGUGAUGAGAAUUCCUUCAGAUGCCUUAACAAAGGCUGCAUUCCAAAGCACUUUGUUUGUGACCAUGACGACGACUGUGGAGAUGGUUCAGAUGAAUCUGUUGAAUGUGUAUACCGCUCAUGUGGGCCGGAUGAGUUCCGCUGUGCUGAUGGCCGAUGCCUGCUCAGCAUCCAGUGGGAGUGUGAUGGUUACCCAGACUGCCCUGACCACUCUGAUGAGCUGCCCCUUAACCUCAAAUGCCUGGCUGCCGGUAAUGGUCCAACAGAGCUGUGCCUGAAAUAUGUUUGACUGAUGG